AUGGGGGAGAAAAAUAGGAAAGAAGGAGGAGCUGAAGAGAAAAUAAACGAAGAGAAAUGCGGUAUAUCGACAGAAACAAGGUUGGGCAGUAAAAGCAAGGAAGAGAGGGGGAAAUGGAAGGAAAAAGGAGGCAAGAAAAGUGAAAAGAGAGUCCGCGAGAAA